AUGCAGGAAAGUGACUUUGUCUUUGGUAUUUUCUUCCUCAAUCAGUCAGUCUUUGGGUUCCUAGGAAACUCAAUAAUGUUUGCAGUGUACAUGAGCAUUUUCAUCUCUCAACCCCAGAAGAAGAAACCCACAGACCUGAUCCUCACUCACCUGACCAUGGCCAACAUAGUGACCCUUCUCACCCGUGGGAUCCCAGAGACGAUGGUGGCCUUCGGGAUGAGGGACAUUCUAAACGAUGUUGGGUGUCAGAGUCUCAUGUACAUCAACCGUGUGUCCCGUGGCCUUUCCAUCUGCACCACGUGUCUUCUUAGCAUGUUCCAGGCUGUCACCAUCAGUCCCAGCACCUCCCGUUGGGCCCAGUUCAAAACCAGAGCCUCUAACUGUAUUGUCCCUUCCUUCCUCUUCUUCUGGAUCCUCAACAUGCUGAUCUACAUCAGAUUGAUUACAUGCAAUCGAGCCAUCAGAAAUAUCAACAUUUCAGAAGAAGUAUACGUUUCAAAAUUAUGUUACACUGUCCCUGAUGGCAAUGUUAUUCACUCAGUUACCUUUCUUAUUGCCAUCACCAUCCGAGAUCUCUUCUUUGUGCUCCUCAUGAGCUGGGCCAGUGGCUACAUGGUGAUUGUGCUCUACCGACACCGCAGACAAGUUCAACACAUCCACAGCACCAGCCACUUCCCAAAGUCCUCUGCAGAAAACAGAGCCACGAAGACCAUCCUGCUCCUGGUCACCUGCUUUGCUUGUUUUUACUGGAUAAACACCUUUGUUACCUUGAAUUUGGUGUUUGCAGUUGAAAAAGACCCUCAGCUGGAGAGCAUCUCUGUUUUUCUCUCAGGCUGCUAUCCCGCCCUUUGCCCCCUUGUACUGAUCAGCAAUGAUCUUCAUAUGUGUCACAGAGAAGGUUAG